UCAGAUCCGUCCUCUUGUUGCCUGUAGAGACACAGGUGGCUUCCAUCAUCGGGCCCCACACACACCAACAACAAUCGUUUUGAUCGAUUUGAUUGACUCUUCAAAAAUCUGCAGAUUUGUGGAGUCUCGAAGCGGCGAGAGAGAAGGAAAGCGAGAGAUGAUUCAUUGAUCAAAUCAGGUUCUCGCUGUUGAUCUGCGGAGGGAGUGUGGAAGGAUGGGAGCUUGUGGUUCGAGAUCGAAGGAGUGUGUGGGUUCUCCGAUGGAGAAGAUGAGUGGUAAGCAAACACGACGAAGAAGAAGAAGAGUCAUCAAGGGAAUUAGAAGACGUGUUUGUUGUCAUCACAAACCUGACGAGAUCGAUUUUCAUACCUCCACAAAUCGUUCUUUCACUAAUUCUGCAUUUCGAGGAAGUGUAGACCAUGCCUGGUGCGAUGCGUUUUCAGUAUUAGAAUCUGAAUUGGAAGAUGAUUUCUAUAGCAUUCACGACGAUGUGAUUUCUAUGACUGGGUCUGAAUCAGGCAUCUCACCGCGUUAUGGUCAAAAGGAGACCAAUGAACAAAUACCCAGUACUUCUGACGAAGGACUGAAGUUGAAGGAGGUCUCUAAAGAUGUAAAUACAGUCAAUGUACAAUCGAAUGAGGUUGUUCCUGUGUUUGUGGAUGAAAUUUCCAAUGCUUGGGCAGAAGAUGCACAACGACCGGAUCAUUGUGGACUAAUUCCUAAUGUGUGUUUGCCUUGUCUUGCUUCAACCAUUGCUGCGGUUGAUAAGAAAAGACCUUUCAGUCCAGGGACACCAAGCUUAAGGAGAAAAUCUCUUUCAAAACUUUCUUUUAAGUGGAAGGAAGUGCAUGCAAAUCCAAUGUUAGUUUCACCCAAGGCGCUUCUGCAAAGAAGACUGAUAGCUGGUUCCUCAGUUCCAUAUUGCCGUGUUGAGAAGAGGAUGCCUGAUUGUUGGUCAACUAUUGAACCAAGUUCUUUUAGAGUGAGGGGCAAAAAUUACUUCAGGGAUAAGAAGAAAGAUUAUGCUCCAAACUGUUCUGCAUUUCAUCCUUUUGGUGUUGAUGUCUUCUUGUCGCAGAAAAAAAUCAAUCAUGUUGCUCGAUUUGUGGAACUUCCUCAUGUCAGUGCAUCUGAAGAAGUCCCUCCUAUCCUUGUUUUAAAUGUUCAGAUACCAUUGUAUCCCGCUACAAUUUUUCAAAGCGAGAACGAUGGAGAAGGAAUGAAUGUGGUUUUGUACUUUAAGCUUUCAGAAAGUUACUCAAAUGAGCUUCCCCUUAAUUUCAGAGAAAAUAUAAAUAGGUUAAUCAAUGAUGAAGUGGAGAGGGUUAGAGGUUUCCCUGUAGAUACAAUAUCACCUUUUAGGGAAAGAUUAAAAAUCUUGGGUCGGGUGGCAAAUGUUGACGAUCUUCAUUUAAGUGCCGCUGAAAAGAAGCUGAUGAAUGCUUACAAUGAAAAACCUGUUCUGUCACGUCCUCAACAUGAAUUUUACUUGGGAGAAAAUUACUUUGAAAUCGAUCUGGAUGUGCAUAGGUUUAGCUAUAUCUCAAGAAAGGGUCUUGAAGCGUUCCAAGAAAGAUUGAAGUCGUGUAUCUUGGACUUUGGCCUGACCAUACAGGGAAACAAGGCAGAAGACUUGCCAGAGCAUCUAUUAUGUUGUGUUCGUCUGAAUGAGAUUAACUACAAUAAUUACCAAACUUUGGGCUGUUGACACUGGAGAACUUUGGAAGACCUCAAGUGCGUGAUACUCUUAAGGCUUGCUUGCCAACUAAUAAAGAAGUAAUUAAUUGGCACCUUAUUCUUCUUCUCCCAGCUUUAACCUCUGAAUUUCUGGGUUCGUGUCUUGUUAAUUUCAAUUUUGACCUCCAUUUAUUUGUAGAGCAAGAGUCUGUUGAAUGUACAGUUCUGACCAAUAAGAGAAAAUAAAAGGAAAAGAAAGAGUUUUUUCCCCUUCAA